CCCCUCCCAACCCUCCCUCAGGUCAAAAGAGCCAAGCUCUUGUCAUUGUCAGACCGAUUGAGAUUGUUGUAAAUUCCUACCUUCUACCAAAGUUUUGGUUUCUCGUCGAAGUUAUACAUUUUAUAGCAUAGUGACCGGGCGAUAAUGUUAAGUUAUUCAUAAAAUAUAAGUGUUACCUAGUAAUUGAAGUCAACAUAGUACAGUUUUAACAAGAACAUCAAAAGAAACGAAAAUGAAAGUUACAGUCACAACUCUGAACGAUGAGAUCUUCGUGUUGGACGUGUCAGAGGAUCUGGAGCUGGAGAACUUCAAGGCUUUCUGCGAGAUAGAGUCGGGGUUCCCGGCCAAGGACAUCACGCUGAACUUCAACGGCAAGCCGCUGCUGGACGACCGGAGCUCGCUCCGCACGCUGGGCGUGCGCGACGGCGACGUGCUGGUGCUGCUGCACAUGCUGCACAGCGCGCCCGAGCUGCGCGCCACCGACCCCGCGCAGGCAUUACCCAGUGGACUAGCGAACCUUGACUUCAGCCGUAUCCAGGUGCCGACUGGGGCCAGCUCAUCAAUGGGUUCCCGGGGACCCACGGCCGAAGAGGACCCUCGUAUCAUCCGGGAAAUGUUUCUGGCCAACCCGGACCAGCUAGCAUUACUCAAGCAAAAUAAUCCUCGGCUGGCGGAAGCCCUGCUCAGUGGAAACCUUGAUACCUUUGCAGCAGUUCUAAGAGAACAAAUAUCAGCCAGAACUGAACGACAGCAACAAAGAAUAAGGAUGAUGAACUCAGAUCCAUUUGACACUGAGGCGCAGAGAAUGAUAGCGGAGGAGAUCCGGCAGAAGAACAUCGAGGCCAACAUGGAGGCGGCCAUGGAGUACAACCCCGAGACCUUCGGCACCGUCGUGAUGCUGUACAUUAACUGCCAUGUCAAUGGGUUCCCGGUGAAGGCGUUCAUCGACUCGGGCGCGCAGACCACCAUCAUGUCGGCCGCGUGCGCCGAGCGCUGCAACAUCAUGCGCCUCGUCGACUCCAGGUGGGCGGGCAUCGCGAAGGGCGUCGGCGUGCAGCGCAUCAUCGGCCGCAUCCACAUGGUGCAGAUGCGCAUCGAGGAGGACUUCCUCACCACGUCCUUCUCCGUGCUAGAGGAGCAGCCCAUGGACAUGCUGCUCGGCCUCGACAUGCUCAAGCGGCACCAGUGCAACAUCGACCUGAAGCGCAACGUGCUGCGCAUCGGCACGACGGGCACGGAGACGCGGUUCCUGCCCGAGGCGGAGCUGCCGGAGUGCGCGCGGCUCAGCGGCGUCAGCGAGGACGAGCUGCUGGCGCAGGCCACGGCCGAGUCCGGCGCCGAGGCGGCGGCGCGGGCGACUGCGAGCGCGAGCGCGGGAGGUGCGGGGGGCGCGGGCGCGGGGGGAUCCACGCAGAGAGUCGGGCUGGACCCGGCGCAGAGCGUGCUCGGGACGGACCGGUUCGCGGAGGCCGACGUGAGGGAGCUCGUGGCGCUCGGCUUCACGCGCGAACAGGCGAUCACGGAGCUGCGGCGCUUCAACGGAGACAAGACGCAGGCCACGGCCGCGCUGUUCGCCAAGUCGCUCAAGUUCUAGCCGCCCCCGCCCCCGCCCCCGCCCCGCCCGCCCCGCAUCCACCGCCGCGACACUAGGUAACAUACAAUGUCAUUGUUCACUUGACUAAAGUCAAGUAGGUAAAUUAUUGAAAUAACAUUUAGUGGGGGCGUUUUCUGUGUAAAAAUACAAUAUUAGAAUAGGCUCAUGAUGUAUCUCUGGAAUGCCGGUUAAAUAACACCACAAAAUUAUAACGUGGGAUUCAAAGUUGAAAAGGAUAUGUGGAAUGUGAGUAAGAUCUCGUGGUCAUCUUUAUAACGUGAUGAGUGGGAAGAUGAGUCGGGCCCUGCGGGGAACUACUUAUGUUUACAAGUUACUAAAUUUACAUUUAUUUAUAACUAAAAUUAAGAAACCAAUUUUAUUUGUCUUUAAAUGAAGACAAUCUUGACGAAAGUCAACUAAAAACAACAACUGCUACUUAUUCGAAAAAAAGGUCCUUAUAUUCUAGGAGAAGAACCAACCUGAAUUUUUAAAAUUAAAGGAAUGUCUCCUUUAUGUAAAAUUUGCUAACUUGGAGAUAUAAGGUAGGUUUCAUGAAUAAACCUUCAAAUACAACACUGUACAAUAAUAUGAGAACUUACAAAAAUAUGUAAGUAUAUUUACCUAACUUAAUAGAGAGCAGUGCUUCUUAAUAAUAUAAUGGGUGAGACGUGGAGCUCUGUGCCGGGGCGCGCUACUCGGGGAGUUUAUAUACUACAUAGAGCGCAGAGUAAUAACUCGAUAUUAGCGACUUCACACUUUUACAACAUGAAAAACGCUUAUGUCAUUACAAUAGUUACAUAAAUUAUAUCAAAAUAACAAUAAUUUUUAUGUAAGUAUACCUAAAGUAUCCCUACUUAGGUUUAAGAUUUUUACCGGUCAGAAUAAUUAGUGAACUUACAUAUUAUUACGAAUUAGGCACUUAUAUCAUUAUCAUAUGAAUUGACAAUACUUUUGGUCUAAUCAUAAUUAUAUUUAAAUAUUUAAUUUAGAUUUUAAAAUACAUAUAUCAUGAAGCUUAGGGGUACCUUCCUCUGACCCAUAUCUCGUUGAUAAUAAUAGUUGUACCUAUACUUACUUAGUUUUCUAGAUUUUACGAAACUCCAAAAGCAAUGUAAAUCUUGGGCUUACUUCUACCAUUUUAAUAAGUAUAAGUUUAAAGAGUAUGUAUAAGUAUAUACAAAUGUUUCCUUUACAUAUUAAUAUUAUUAGAUAAUUACUUAAGUAUCUAUAAGAAUUACUAUUUUAAUGAAUCUGUAAGUGACUAAACCCUCGGCAGUUCUUCCGAGGAAAGUCACUAGCACUUCCAUUAUAAUACGAUUGUAUUCUUAUGAAUAUUUUUAAAAGAAGCAUAAUGUUUAUCAUCACAUCUGUAGUUGUAUUGUAUUGUGAAGAGUGUCGCACUGUGGACCCGGCCGCUGGUCCACAGGACAAGGCCGAUGGCCCACGACAGAAAGUCGGCUUGAUUUAAUGUUAUCAAGCUACACCCGUUUAUGGAAAAUAUACUAAAUAUUACAGUCAGCCAUCCACUCCACCGCAAAUAGUUUGAUCCUUUGAAGAUCGAUCCAAAACGAUGAGUUGAAGAAUAAUGUUAACUUUACAUACUGUUCGUACAUAGUCCAAACCAUGUAUGUAUUACAAAUAAGUAGAUAGGUGACGCCUCGUCGUGGGGUUUGAUAUGAAACAGUUUGCGGUGAGGUUGGAUAUGGGAUACUUACCUUCCCGUCUAUAGCGAUACCAUAGAGUACAUUCAUGUCAUCCAUGGCGUGACCACGCGGCGACUGAGCGUAGCUGGGGCGGUGAAAUAAUAUAAAGUAACUAGUGUCUUAAAUUAUUCUAAAUAGGGAGAGAAACAACCUCUUUGCCUGCUGAUGAUAUCGUAAGACUGUAAAUCACGAUGGACUUUGCAUUUUAUGUUUUUGUAAUAAAUAAAUAAUGCAUAUUUAAUAAAAAUUUUAAUUAUGUCAACAAUAAUAUUAUGUUAAUUAUAAAAUAAAUGCGUACUGAAUUUUUUUUUUUUCUGAAAUACUAUAUGAAUGUAAUUCUGUAAUUUUGGUAGAUAUAUAAAUUUCUGUCUGGUAAAUGUUACAAUCAAACAACGAUACCUGAGUACCUAAGAACUUCUUUGGCAAUAUUGUAAAAAAGUGAAAGAAUUAAUGAUGGAGUUAAUUAAGCGAUGAACCGGUGUAGGUACCUUAUAAUUAAAGUAUCACCUACAUAAUAUACAUAUACUUACCAUACAUAUAUUUAUUCGUUAAUUCCUUGGGUAGGUGUAACAUGAACCACAUACCACAUGAGAACAGAAGUUAUUCCUAUAUUGUGUAAAGUAGAAUUAUCGGAAGCGGGCCCUAACAUGCCCACUUCAAGCUUAAAUAAAAUGAUGUCAAAGUAUGUUAUAACAUUUUUAUAUGUUUCGAUAUGAAUAAAGGUCUAAUUUUAAAAA